GGACGUGGUUAGAGCUCCAGUGCUAUUCUGGAGACUGCCUUUCGGGAGCCACACCUCUUCCCCUUCCGCCAGUAUCACGUGACCUUCAAGGCGCGUUGUGCUGUUGCGAGUUCUACCACGUGGGAUGGGAAAGGACACUUGGAGGCUGGCAGGGUGACGCCAUUUCCUCCCGGGGAGGGGCCUCUGUAAAUUCCUAGGUUCCAUUCUCUAGUGGAGCGGUAUUUACCAACUUAGUCGGCCUUUGAUCCCUGAGCUGCUGCAACUCUCAUGCUUCCUGGCUGGUUCCUUGACCCUGCCCACCAUUAGGUUGUUUUCCCACCCACGUGUCUUUUUUUAACCUCUUGACCCUAGCUCAGAUGCAAGGAUUCAAACUCAGGCCCGGGAUGUGAGGUCUUAAUGUGCAGGCCUGAAUAUCUCUCAUCCAGUUCUUUUAAAAACUGAAAAUCUCCAUCCUUGAGAGAUUUAGGAGGAUCCUCUUUCUCAUUCUUCCUGAAGACCCCAAAUGACUUCUCAAUGCUCUUUCCCCCUAAAACCCAUAAUCCCCCCAAUAAUUCAUGAGACCCAAGACACCAACAUUCCACCUCCUUUACCCCCAAAUCCCCCGGACUUAGCUUUACCAUCUCCUCCUUGUAGUCUCCAGGCUUCUGUUCCACCCCCACCUCCGCCCCCGCCCCCUCCACCACCCCCUCUCCCACCCCCUCCACCCUCUGCUGUGGAGGCUGCUCUCCCUCAUGUCUACGGCCUGAAGAACAGCCGGCUCCUGAAGGAGGCCUUGGAGAAGGCUGGCCCAGCUCCAAAAGGCAAAGUUGAUGUAAAGAGACUCCUGAAGCUGCACAAGGACAGGUUUCGAAGGGACCUGCAGUGGAUCCUCUUUUGUGCUGACCUGCCGUCGCUCAUCCAGGAAGGCCCUCAGUGUGGCCUGGUGGCCUUGUGGAUGGCAGGAGCUCUUCUUUCAACACCUGGCAGCAUCUCCUUGGAGAGACUAGUGCAGGUGGCCAAGGAGAGAGGCUACACAGCACAGGGAGAAAUGUUCUCUGUGGCUGACAUGGCCAAACUGGCCCAGGAGACUUUGGGCUGUCAGGCUGAGCUCCUUUGUGGUGGCCUGGGUGGUCCCAACAGAGAUCGAGUUCUACAGCACCUCAUCACCGGACAUCCCCUGCUCAUCCCCUAUGAUGAGGAUUUCAACCAUGAGCCAUGUCAAAAGAAAGGCCAUAAGGCCCACUGGGCUGUGAGUGCAGGGGUCCUGAUAGGUGUGCAGAAUGUGCCCAGCCCUGGCUACAUUGAAGACUCUGAGUUGCCAGGCCUCUUCCACCCAGUGCCUGGUGCACCCCACCAACCACCAUCCUUCCCAGAGGAAAGCUCCCCAAGUGCCAUCUUCCUUCUCUCCAAGCAGGGCAAGAGUUGGCAUUACCAGCUGUGGGACUACAGCCAAGUCCGGGAUAGCAACCUGCAGCUGACAGACUUCUCACCCGCAAGGGCUGCCGAUGGACGGGUGUACGUGGUACCUGCUGGUGGGGUACAGGCUGGCCUCUGUGGCCAGGCCCUGCUGCUCAGACCACAGGAGGGGAGCCACUAGCUGGGGCCGGGACACCUGCUUUUAACUUCUCUCCAUCAACAUUAGAAUGCUUCAGCUCCAUCCCUUUAUGUGGCAUUUUCAGUCCAGCUCGUUCCAUCUGCCUAUAGUGAGUAUCUUGAAGACCAGAAGUCUUUCACAACAUCACCCCAUAUAUGGAGUCACAAGCUUCACCACUGUCCAAAGUCUAAACUAAUUACCUCCAUGAUCGAGCAUUCCUUUGGCUAAGGGAAACUUGUUUUUGUGGAGGAUUUUUGGUUUUUAAAGCAUGAUCUCUGCCUUGGGGGUGGUAGCACAUACGUCUACACCCAGCACUCAGAAGGUAGAGCAGUGGUUCUCAACCUGUGCGUCAUGCAGCCAGACUUACUACUGUUGGUUCUUCCACCUUUCAACCCUAACCAUAGACAGGGAAAAGGGGACGUCACCCUCCUUCAACUGCUGCCUGCAGAUGAGGGGCGGCAGGUUCCUUGGGGCAAGUUUGAUCUUUGCUGUCAGGAUAUCUAAUUUCUCUCUUUUUUAGAAAGAAUUAUUUAUUUUAUGUUACGCAUACACUGUAGCUGUCUUCAGACACACCAGAAGAGGGCAUCAGAUCCCAUUACAGAUGGCUGUGAGCCACCAUGUGGUUGCUGGGAAUUGAACUCAGGACCUCUGGAAGAGAAGUCGGUGCUCUUAACCGCUGAGCUGUCUCUCCAGCCGCUCUGAUUUCUUCUUGUUUCUUCUUUGCACACAAGUACUUAACAAACCACAACCAGCAGCCCCUCAGCUCUCAGGCCCUGGACAUGUAUGUACCUUCUGAAAAGUCCCCAGAUCUCCAAAGGUCACAGUCUCAGAAACAAUUUGCAAAUGGUAAAAUCACACCCCUGCUAGAAUGUGAGGCCAGUCAGCUGCUGUGGACAGUCUGGAGCAGCCCCAUAUUCCACAGCUGGGAUUAAAAUGAAAACAUAUUCCCAUAAUAUUUCUGUGUUUUUCAAAGGAACAAAAAUUCUUACUACUGAGUCAUGACGCCUUUGGGUGUCAAAAGAUCCUUUCACAGGGUUGCCUAAGACCAUUCGAGAAAAUAUAUUCACUUUAUGAUUCAUAACAGUAGAAAGAUUAUAGCUAUGAAAUAAUGCUGAAAAUAAUCUGAUGGCUGGGGUCACCACAACAUGAAAUUUAUUAAAGGGUUGCAGGAUUGGGAAGGUUGAGAACCUCUGAGGUAGAGGUAGCGAUAACUGAAUUUGGAACCAGCCUGGUCUACAUAACAACCUCUAGGCCAGUCAGGGAGGCAUAGUAAUCCCAAAAGCAAAACAGCAGUCUUACUAUGUAGCCCUGGAUGACCUACAACUCCCUAGGUAGUAGACCAGGUUGGCCUCAACCUCACAGAGAUCUGCCUGUCUUUUCCUCCUGCAUGAUCCUACAUGCCCACCCUAGAAGACUCUUGGUAACUCAGACCCUAGUCAUGGCCCUUCCACCUGAAUGUGACAUCCACUGGUCUAUCUUUGGGGGCACUUUUUAAGACACUGAGUUCACCAAGCACCUUCAAGAGCCUGGACACACUGCUUGUCCCCAUUCCCAUUCACAGACAGGAAUUAACCUUCCUUCUCCUUGGCACAUGCAGGCUACCUGACUGCUAUGGUGGCCUUUCAGAUAGAGACUGCAGGUGCCAGUGCCAGCCUUGAGCUGACUGAUGGCCGCUCUCCUUGAGCUGGCAGAUGGCUUAGUGGCUAAGGGUGCUUGUGGAGCCUGAUGACCCAGGGCAGAGCAGGAACUGGUUCCCACAGGUUCCCUCCUCACCUCCAUUUGCUGUGGUACAUGCACAUUCACAGAAAUGCAAAUAAAAAGAUUUUUUAACCCUUA